AUGGAUGACGAAGAUGCUCUCGCUACACAAAGCAUUUUGAAAGAUGAGUUCGAAGAAUUCAAACCAGAAGAUUUGUUUGGACUUCAUGGAACUGAUGAUGAGAUUUUGUGCGGUGGAGAAGAAGCGUCCGGUGUCACUUCGAAUAUAGAUGGAAUUCUUGCUGCAAAUUUACCAGAAAAUUUCAAUGAUCCGCUGUGCGGAAUGGAUUUGAACACUGACUUUAGUGGUUCAUUUGACGACAACGUAUUUGAUGAGUUUCUUGGACUCUCCAAUUUCAACGACCGCACCAACGCCUUUUGA